ACCCACUCCCUUUUUAACACGCUUCAUGUUCGCUAUGUGAUUCUCGCGGUCAUCUUCCUCGUUUAGGCUGUUUUUUUUUUAAACCUUAUAAAGACAAUUAAUUUGAAUAUAGAGCAACAUAGAGAACUUUAACAGAGGUGAGAGCUAUACGCGCUGUAAAUGUAUUAGACUACCACAGACUACAAAUUCCCCUACUAUACAGUCAGUCUUACAGCAGAAAAAGUUUGGGUGCACACGUCAGUUUAAUGACAUUGAGCUCCAUCAGUGUGUUUGUAUUUGAUUGUCUGUAGCAACCAGCAAACACCGCGGUGAGGAAGGCGACCUGCUUCAGCCUUUAGCAGGAUCGAUAUGGAGACAUACGCCCCUAAAUUUAGCAAAGUUCUGCUGACACCUGAUCCACAUUAUAUACCGGGGUAUGCAGGGUAUUGUCCACAGCUGAAGUACAAUGCGGGGAAGUCUUACGGCCAGCUCACAGCUGAGCUGCUGACCAGUCCUGAGGUGAAACACUCCAGUUGUCUCGUCCUCCACGGGGGUCACGUCCCCUCCACAGAGUCUGACACUGGUCUGACACUGAGAACCAUCCCUGAAAGUAACUUGAAGAAGAUGAUACCAGGAUACACAGGCUUCAUUCCAAAAAGGCAAAACUACUUUGCCUGCAGCUACUCUGAAACAUGUCAUAAAGCACUGUCUGAGUUUUACCAGGAGGGGCGUUCGAAGAUCCAACAGCAAUCAACAGACCUGCCGGCUAUUGUCAACUACACCAACCGACAGUUUGAAAGACCGAAACCCCCUUUGACAGCAAUCUCCAGUAACGUGAUCUCCUACAAGCCCUUGAAGUCCUUCACCCCCGCUGGAAAACCAUAUUUCUUGGAUGAUGAUAACCCACACAAGUACUUUAUCUCAGGUUUUACAGGGCAUGUGCCAAAAUCUCGCUUCCUAAUUGGCAAAGGUUAUCCCAUCACUACCAACCAGGCACUGAUCCAGUUUGGAAAGCAGCAGCGGAGUCACCCCACAUACCAAGACAUCCCAAAGGGGAAGGACAGUACAAUAACUACUCUGCCCACUAUCUAUCCAUCAAACAGAGGUGUGGUGCCGUCAUUCACAGGACACAUCCCAGGUCUGUGUCAGUGAUACAAGUUCAUGUAUGGACAUACCUUUGGUCAACUUUCCCAGAAUGCACUGGAAAAGAGCGGCAUCAAGAGGAUCAUUCAGGCAAAGUCGUGAAACACGUGUCAUACAUGUCAAUAAAAUGAUCAUUACUGGCAAGAUGAGGUUGUGACAUGAGUCAAGUACUGAGUCAACUGUUCACUGUUGGCAUACAGGAAGAAGACAGGUAAAUAUGUUAAUUCUUUAUUGACAGACUUUGAUUGUCACUGGGCAUUCGAGGAAGCAGAGGUUGAGAAAAUGAUGCUGGGUGGAAUAAUUUCACAGACUUCACAUUAUUGCAGUACAUUACAAAUUCUCUAUUUAACAAAUGACGAGAAUACAUUUUCUGCUCUUUCCUCCCUCUUAUCUAACCACCAGUCUAUCAAAAUAUACCUGACACACAUUUAAAUACCUGAAACAGCCACAAGAUGGCUUAUAUUUGUGCAACUGAACAAACUUCACUGGAAGACAUACUACUGUAUAUACCAAACAAUUCCACACAUUUUAAAUUUUUAGUGCCAGAAAACGACCAAAACUCUACAGCUAUAAAAACAUUAUCAGGAAGAUGAUGUAGUAUGUACUGAAGCACCUACUGUAUGUUUGUUAACUCAUGCACCUACAGUUAAUCCAUGCUGGGAAUCUGCUCAAGAAAGUAAGUUACUGGAAAUAAAGCAUCAUUGACAAUCCACAA